UCAAAAGUAAAUAAUUUUUUUUCAUUCUUAAACAAUUGUGAUAGUGCAAGGAUGAAAACACAUUGUUGCUUUUAAAUUGUUGUGUGCAAAAAUUUGAAAACUGGAAUUUUAAAGUUUUCAUUGUUGUAAAAACUUUUCACUGUUGCCUUUGAAAUUCACAAACUUUGUUGCAAAUAUUUUCAGCUCUUCUCAUAAAUAUUGUGCGAAUUCAAAUCUGCGGAGGAAGCUGCUCUGCACGGCUAAAGACACAAUGGGAAAGUAUGAGGAGGACAUCGAGGCGAGCAGCGCCAGAUUCAUAAAGAUUAUAGAGGAGAACCGAAAGCACCAACGUGACUUGAUGGAAACUGUACAAGAAAAGAUCUUGGAGAACCGCAAGUUGGAAGAAGAGAAGUUGCAGCUCAUUUAUAAGAACAACCAGAUGAAGGCGGCGCACGCCAAGAUCAGGAGUCAGAGCCAGUUAGAACUGUCGCAGGUUGAGGAGCAAAUCGCCAAUCUGGAGAGCAUCGCUGCCGAGGGCAAAAGGUUCCGCGUGAAAUUACAGCAAGCCGAAGAAAGGCUGCAAAAUCAGAGGGGAGUUUUCGAGCAGCAGCUAACGGAACGCGAUCGAAACACCGCCGAUUUGGAUUUCAAAGUUGGCCAGCUGCAGGCCAAGUUGCAGCAGCAACAAGUGACGCAACAAAGCCUGCGUGAUAAACUGGAUGCCGAAGGGAGGAGUAGCCAGGAGAAAGGGCAGCAACUGAAAAAGGUGCAGAACGCGUACAGACAGACCCAGAGAGAGAAAAAUGACAUAUUGGAGAAGUACGAGGCGCUCGCGGCCAAAAGCGCCGAGCAGGACAAAGCCAUCCACGCGCACUGCGAGCAACUGCAGAAGUUGGAGGCAGAGUUGAAGAUCAACAGGGAGGCGAGUUUGAUGAACCCGAGCAUUCAGUCGCAGUUGUUUGAGCGGCAGAAGCGGGAGGCGCGCCUUUUGCAACGCAUCCAGGAGCUGAUGCAAGAAAAACGAGACCCUGAAGUGGAACAAGACCUGGAGGAGCAAAAAAGGGAAAACGAACGUCUCGAAGCGAGCGUUCGCGUGCUGGAGCAGCGACUUGAGAAAACGGAGCGUCUCAACGAUUCGUUGGUGCAGAAACUCCAAGAGGCGAAGACGGUUGCCCUGAACAAGGUUGGCAGGUUGGAAAAGGAACAUUCAGAAGUUGCGGCCGAGUUGAGGAGAAAAAUCGAAUUGGUGGCCGCCGAAAGGGAGGGAAUGCGCCUCAAGUUGGACAGAGAGGGAAAAUUGAGCAAAGAAAAGGUUGAGAAACUGCAGGCGGAAUGCGAGGUGCAACACAAAAGCAUUGUUGAGCUCAAGUCCGUAUCUGAGGAAAUGCAAAAUUUGGCAAAAAAUGCAAAAAUUGAGUUGAAAAAGCAGACGGAGAAGAGCGAAACACUGCGCAAGGAGGCCGAAAAUUUAAGAGUGGAGCUGCAAGCAAGGAAAAUCGAGUGCGACCAUGUCAAGAAUGAAAUGAGGAAGGUCCAGGAUGAACUCGGAAAGGUCAAAGUUUCCGAAGCCGCGUGCAGAAAAGAGCUCGGCGCUUUGAACGAGGCGGUCAACAAGAAAAUCAGCGCGAUCAAAGUUGAGUUUGAAAAGGCAUCUAAACAGCUAAGGUCGUCCAGUAAAACCAACCUGGAGCUGCAAAAAGUGCUAGACGAGGUCAAAGAAGAGUUGGAGGAAAAGCAGAAAAUUUUAAUUUUGAAAAGUGAGGAAAACGCCGAGUUUUGCAAGAAAAUCGCAGCUCACGAAGAGCAAGUGAAAAAGCUGGGAGCGGAAGUCAGCAGACUGGUGUCCAGAGAAAAAGAGUACCAGAAAACCGUGCAGAAGCUGCAGCAGGAAGUGAAAGAAAAGUCGGAAAAACUGGAAGAAAAGGAGCAAGAAAUAGUAUGUGCAGAAAAGGAGAAAUCGGAAAUGCGCUACACCGUUCGGUGCUUCGGAGAAGAAAAUCAGCAGCUGAGCUCAAAGUGCGCGGAGCUGGAAAGCCGCGUUGUUAGACAAACAAAGGACGGCGACCUUUUGAAGGCCUCCCUGAGCGACCUGAAGAAGCAAAACGACGCUUUGAUCGAGAAAUUCCGCAAUUCGGCCAAACUACUAAAGACAAAUUUAACACACGCGCCCAGCCAGGGUGGGCAGGGUGGUGAUUUUUCUGAAGAGGUGGCGAACGACUGGCGAAAUUUGGAAGCGUUCGACGAGAAGCUGAAGGAAAUUAUUGACAAAAACGAACGCAACUUGGCCGAUAAGGAACAACAACUGGCCAACUUGAACCAACAAAUGAGCCAGCUGCAUGCCAACAUUAGAAAACUCGAGGAAAAAAACCAUCAAGAGACGCAGGCGGUUGACAACCUGAAAGAGGAAACGAGCCAGCUGCUGCAAAAAGUGAAAAAUCUGACGGCGGAAAAAAGGAAGAUGGAGAUGCUCAGAGACCAGACUAUGGCGGAAAACGCGAGCGUUUUGGACAUGCUGGCUUCCAGUAGCAGGAGGGUUCAGGAGUUGGAGUCAUGCGUGGCCGCCUUCGAUCAAGGUGCUCUCGAAGAUAAGUACACAAAGAUGAAGAAGGUCCUCAGGAAGCUGAAGAGCAGGCAUGAGGUGUUGGAGAAGGAAAGGGAUGGACUGAAAGCCGCCCUCUUCCAGGUCAAGGUCAAAGAGAGCGAGGUGGACGACCUGAAGAAGGCAUUCGAAAGGCAAAGCAGGGAAAUCAACACGCUUAAGAUGAAGGAGCAGCAAAAGAAGGGAGUGCGCAAGUACGUGGCGCGCCAUCAGGAGCCAGACCUUCUGCGCCAGGGCUGCUUUGACCUUCUGAAGGGUCUGAUGGAAACGUACGAAAAGGAGCCGGCGAACUUUGAGAAACUCGCGCAGUGCAAGGAGCUGAAGAAAAAAGUGGCCGAGAGCGAAAAUGCGCGUGAGGUGUUUCAAGAGAUCGAAUGUCUCCUCAAAAAGAAAUAAUAAA